CACUCAACAGCAAGCUCCGCGUAGAGCAACUAAUCACAAACUAGACAGAUCGAGGGCGGAGCAGAGCAGAAAUGGCUUCCAUCCUCCACCUCCUCCCUCUCCUCCUCCUCGCCGCGGCCGCGGCCGACGCGGCCACCUUCACCGUGACCAACAACUGCCAGUACACCGUGUGGGCGGCCGCGGUGCCCGGCGGCGGCAGGCAGCUGGACAACGGGCAGACCUGGACCGUCGACGUGCCGGCGGGCACCACCGGCGGUCGCGUGUGGGCGCGCACGGGGUGCUCCUUCGACGGCAGCGGGAACGGGCGGUGCGACACCGGCGACUGCGGCGGCGUGCUGCAGUGCUCCGGGUACGGGCAGCCGCCCAACACGCUGGCCGAGUACGGGCUGAACAAGUUCCAGGACCUCGACUUCUUCGACAUCUCGCUGGUGGACGGGUUCAACGUGCCCAUGGACUUCCUGCCGGCGGGCGGCGGCGCCGGGUGCCCCAAGGGCGGGCCGCGGUGCCGCGCCGACGUCACGGCGCAGUGCCCCGCCGAGCUGCGCGCCACCGGCGGCUGCAACAACCCGUGCACGGUGUUCAAGACGGACCAGUACUGCUGCACGGGGUCGGAGCAGGACACCUGCGGGCCAACCGACUACUCGAGGUUCUUCAAGGGGCAGUGCCCGGACGCCUACAGCUACCCCAAGGACGACGCGACGAGCACCUACACUUGCCCCGGCGGAACCAACUACAACGUCGUCUUCUGCCCCUGAUUGAACGUGCACCUGAGCUGAACGCAUAUGCUUAUUUAUAGCAUGAUCAAAUAAACAAGCUAGCAUAACAAAAGAAUAAGUUAUAGCUUGUGCAAGAAUAAUCACCACUGCUCAAUGCUCUCGUCGGUCAUGGCAAUUGGCAUGGGUAUAUACUAUGUAUUGCAUGCAAUAGCUAUAUGUUCUUCAAGAUCGGAAGUUUUGUGCAAUUAAUGAUAUCGUACUACGUAUAUGGGUGUUUUGAA